GCCACGGAGCCCGCGCCGCCCGCCCGCCUGGCCCUCGGAGCCCAUGGACCUGAGCGCGGCCGCCGCGCUGUGCCUCUGGCUGCUGAGCGCUUGCCGCCCCCGCGACGGGCUCGAAGCGGCCGCGGUGCUGCGAGCGGCGGGGGCAGGGCCGACCGGGAGUCCGGGGGGCGGCGGCGGCGGCGGGAGGACCCUCGCCGCGACUGCGGGCGCCUCCGCUGCCCCGGCCGCCGCGGCUCCCGGGCCCCGCGCCGCGCGCCGCGCCGCGGGCUCCGGCUUCAGGAACGGCUCGGUGGUGCCGCACCAAUUCAUGAUGUCGCUUUACCGGAGCCUGGCCGGGAGGACUCCGGCCGGGGCAGUCGCCGCCUCCACCUCGGGUUCUGGCCGCCACAGCCGCGCGGACACAAUCACCGGCUUCGCAGACCAGGCGACCCAAGACGAAUCGGCAGCGGAGACCGGCCUGAACUUCCUGUUCGACGUGUCCAGCCUUCCCGACGCCGACGAGGUGGUGGGCGCGGAGCUGCGUGUGCUGCGCCGCGAGUCUCCGGAGCGGGGCCCCGGCAGCGCGACCCUCCCGUUGCUGCUGCUGUCCACGUGCCCCAGCGCCGCGCGCGCGCCGCGCUUGCUGCAUUCCCGGGCCGCCGAGCCCCUGGACACCGCGCGCUGGGAGGUGUUCGACGUGGCGGACGCCUUGCGGCGCCACCGCCGGGAGCCGCGCGCCACCCGCGCGUUCUGCCUCUUGCUGCGCGGAGUGGCGGGUCCCGCGCCGGUCCCACUGGCACUGCGGCUGCUGGGCUUCGACUCGCGGGGCGGAGGCGGAGCGGCGGCGGAGGAGCGCGCGCUGCUGGUCGUCUCCUCCCGCACGCAGAAGAAGGAGAGCCUGUUCCGAGAGAUCCGCGCCCAGGCCCGCGCGCUCGGGGCCGCACUGGCAGCGGAGCCGCCGCCGGAUCAGGGACCUGGCAUGGGGUUGCCGACGGCGGUUAUCGGCGGCCGCAGGCGGCGGCGGACGGCGUUGGCCGGGACUCGGGCAGCGCAGGGCAGCGGCGGGGGCGAGGGCCGGAGCCACGGGCGCAGGGGCCGGAGCCGCUGUAGCCGCAAGCCCCUGCACGUGGACUUCAAGGAGCUGGGCUGGGACGACUGGAUCAUCGCGCCGCUGGACUACGAAGCAUACCACUGCGAGGGCGUUUGCGACUUCCCGCUGCGCUCGCACCUUGAGCCCACCAACCACGCCAUCAUUCAGACACUGCUCAACUCCAUGGCGCCGGAUGCAGCGCCGGCCUCCUGCUGCGUGCCCGCGCGCCUCAGCCCCAUCAGUAUCCUCUACAUCGACGCCGCCAACAACGUGGUCUACAAGCAAUACGAGGACAUGGUGGUGGAGGCGUGCGGCUGCAGGUAGCAUGCGGGCCAGGCCGGGCCAGGGAGGGGGCAGCCGCGCCGCCAAGGACUCCCC